AUGAUGCGUAAACGAAGACACGUUAAGGAGGAAGCUCCAGAAGACGAGUUUGAUGCUCCCCCGAUCCUUCAGCCAGAGGCUACGAAUGAAGAUCCAUCCAGGAAUAGCACGUUUGUGAGUUCUUUUUGCGGUUCGUUUUACUUUUUAGGUGGUGAAAAAAGUCCAUCGCGCAAUACUGUUUUAGAACCAAGCCCAGUUUAAUAACUACGACGACGCUCAGUUCGUAGUGCCAGAAGGUCAAUUUGCUGCUCCAAACGAGAUUGAAUUCAACUUUGUUGACAAUGAGAACGUGCAAUGUGGCAUUUGUGGGGAAAUUGCCAGCUUCAAGACCUUAUUUUCCGAGCACAUCAAUAACAAACAUCCUGAAUACAGUGGGUACACUCUUGAACAUGAUGGCUAUGAUGUAAGUGGAUUGUGUUAUUCUUCUAAAUUAAUGUCAUAAUUUCAGCUUCCUUUCCAAUCCUACCAAUCCAAAGGAUACAUGGAUUCUUCUCGUCUUGAUCAUAGAAUCGCCAAUAAAAUGUCGUUACCUCCUCACUUUAAUAAUGAUCCUACCAGACCUAUAAGAUCCACAAGGACAUUGAGAAAGGUUUCUCAGAUAAGAGUGAACAUCAAUGAUAUGAGUCUGGAUAAAUUGGAGGAUUGUUUGAAUAAAAAAAUGGUGGAGAAGAUGGGAAGGAAAGUGCCGGUCACAUUGGUGGAUAAGCAACAUGCCAGAUGUGGACUUUGUAAUGCAGUGAGUUUAUGAUGAUGAUCAUUUAUUUUUUCCUUUUCUUCUUUUGUCAGACUUUGUGUUUUAGGUCGUAUCGUUGAAUAAGAAGUUUGAAAUCGUCCAUCUUGUUCGUCAUUUCAAUGCCUGGCAUCCCUCGGCCCACAAAUGUUCUGGCCAUUGGCUUCAACGAAUCCAAGAUACGGAUAUUUAUGACCAGAUGAAGCCUUUAGGUCUUGAUGAUUUUGCUGUGAUUGAUCUGAACGCUGGAGCUGCUGAUAAUCUGCAAUGUAUUUGGUGUGGAAUGUUUAUGGAUGUGGACUCUUUGGCCAUGCAUUUCCAUGAGAUCCAUCCUGAAGAAGUUGAGGUCCCGAAGUGCAGACUAUGUCUUCAGGUAGGGUGAUUUACAAGUUAAUUGGACUACGGUUAACAUGUAAUAUUUGUAAAAAAGCGUUACUUAUUGGGUUGGGAUAUUGUGAAGCCGACAGAGAUGUAACUAUUUUAAUUUACAGGAAUUGGUGUGCAAUGCCCGUUUCAGAGAGAAGUUUGGAGAGAUGAUGGACAUUAGACUGCCGGAUGAACACCAUUACAAAUGCCGAAGAUUUGAUCUCACAACCAGUUCGGAAGCCGGCAUGGACAGAGGUUGGUCUAUUAACUUAGAGUUUAUGAUUGUCUUCAGCUCUCAAGCGUCAUGUGAAGAAGCAAGCACAAGAAGAUGGAGGUACCCCGGCCAGGGAAUCAGAUGAUGAGACCAACCAAGAAGACGAAGAUCAGCCCACUGGCCCCGAGCCUUUCAGUAAUUCCAGAAUGUCAUUUGGAAAAAGAAACAAACCCAAGCGACAAUUUAUAAUGCCAUCACUGAGACAGGCGGCCCCAGUUAACAGCAAGUACAUCCAGCCGGUCUCGGAAUGUCAUUGGAAGUGUAGAUUAUGUGGGAUGGAUAUAUUGGCAGCUGUGAUCUCGGCGGGAGCUAUCAAACAUUUCCGUCAGCUUCAUCCCAUUCAACUGGAUGCCAUGCAAUCAGAACUUUGUAAAGCAAGAUUGGAAAGGAUCUCGGAUGGAUGCAUGGAAUUUGUGAAUCCAGAGGAGAUCGAAUGCCUCAUUUGUGGAAUGACUUAUCCUUUGCAUCGUCCAUACAAUAUGUGUCGAGCCAUCCGACAUUUGAAAUUGAAACAUCCAGAACAAAUGCCCGAGUACAAUGCCAGUUUUGUUGAUAAUAACCCGGUAUGUACAGUAUUGGCGGGAUUGUAGUUGCGGAUGGUGUUUAUCAUGUGAAUUAUCUUUCAGGAACUCCAAGGUGAAGAUACGAUGGAAGAGGAGGCGAUUGAAAACGCCCUGAACGAUGGUCCCCUCCCGUUACAGCCACAAACAAUAGCGACUCAACAAAUUGUUAGACAUGUCCGACCACGACUUCAGGAAGAAGAAGAACAAGUUGAAGAAACUCAGGAAGAGGAAGGACCGCCUCAGAUAUUGGAACAACAACCUCCGUCGGAAGAACCGAAUAAUUAA